AAUAAAAAACCUUUCAUUCCGAAACGUUUGAUCGUGUGGUGUGGUGUACACCUGCACCCAGCCUCUCAACUAGGAAUCCUGACCUUUUGAUAAUUAAUAUCAGCAGAAUGGCUUCACGUAAGAAGGGGAAAAAAGCGAAGAUGCAGACUGUCGCAUUGACAGAGUUUCUGGCUAGUAAUGGAGGUGCACCCACUAUUCCACUCAAGUCUACCAGUUGGGCUGAUGAUGUCGAGGACGAACACGAUGGCUACCACUCCCGCACCAACAAGGAACCCAUCGUCCUCCCCACUGCCCCGAGAGCAGCUCGUGGUCCAGGUUGUCACGACGAAAAUAUCCCCACGAGUCCUCCCUUCGUCGCUUUCGUCUCAAAUCUGCCUUACGACGUCGUCGAGGACGAUCUUGCUGAUUUUUUCGCUGAGAUGCAGGUGACGAACGUUCGUCUCCCCAAGGACUCAACAAAACUCCGUGGCUACGGAUACGUCGAGUUCGACGAUCGUGCGUCCUUGAUUGAGGCAUUGAACCUCACCAACACUACGUUAAAGACAAGACGCGUGAGAAUCGAGGUAUCAAACUCCAACAGUGAUGAUCGUCGUGGUGGUAAAAUGGGAAUGGGUAGAGACAAUCGUCGCGACGGAUACGACGAUCCUGAACGUACAUCUGGCGAUUGGCGUAGUACGCCGCGUGAGCAGCCGUCAGGUGGUGACGAUCGUUUUCGCUCACGGGCUUUUGAUAAUCGAGACGACAGGAGUGACAGUGAUAACAGACCCGGGGCAUGGAGAGAGGGUGAUCGCAGUACGUCGUCUUUUGGAGAGAGGAGAACCUUCAGGGAUGAUAAUCGCAGUGAACGCAGGGGUUUUGGAGAUGGCGAGGGCAGGGGAUUUGGUGGUGAUCGCAGGGGGUAUGGGGAUGGGGAACGCAGGGGAUUUGGGGAUGGGGAACGCAGGGGAUUUGGGGAUGGCGAACGCAGGGGAUUUGGGGAUGGCGAACGCAGGGGAUUUGGAGAUGGCGAACGCAGAGGAUUUGGGGAUGGCGAACGCAGGGGAUUUGGGGAUAGGGAACGCAGGGGGUACGAUGACAAGGAGGAGAAGGAACGUGAUUGGUCAAGGGAGACCAACACUGGGGGCACAUCUGCUUUUCCACCACGACGCAAUGACAGGGAUCGAUUUCCUGAACGUGAGGAUGCAUCGAGUGAACCACGUACACGACCCACCCUGAAUCUUCUUCCACGCACUAAACCAAUCGAGACUAUCGUCAGAGAGGAGAAGGAAGCUCAACCCCAGGAAGUUGAUAAACAAGAGCCGAAACCAGAGCCGAAGCCAGCAGCUAAUAUUUUUGGAGCUGCUAAACCAGUGGACACUGCUGCUAAAGAGCGCGAGAUCGAGGAACGUCUCGCCAAAAGCCAAGCUGAAAAGCCUAAAUCAGAAGAAGGGAGCGUGAGGGAAAGGAGGAGCCACCAAUGCCGAAAGCCUCGGACGAGCAAGCUCCCAACUUUGUGGCUUCCAACAUGUUCUCCAUGCUGGACGAGGACGCAGUCGAAGCCGAUUUAAGCCAUCAAUCCGAUUAGUCGAGCAAAACCCCAAGAACCAAUUGAAAACUAAAAAUCUGUGCCACCAUCAAUGAUUAUUUCCCUCAAUUAAUGAUUCCCCUCGCUUUUCUUACGUGAUUGCACGGUUCAAUCAUUCUAUUUCCCCCCCGAUACGCAAUCAUUCACUUGAAAUCAUUUUUCUUUUCUUGUUCUCCAAUCGAUUCCCCCCAAUUUGUAUUUAAUGAAUGAAAAAAAAAUUUUACAACUUGAA